GAGGCGGUACGAAGAUUGGAGACAGAGGCCUUAUUGCAGGAGACAAGAGCCAGCUGUGUCAGAUGCUGUCAGAGAGCUUUGAGAGAUCCUACAGGCUACGAUGGGACAAACUGAGGUCCUAACUAUGGCAGGCCAACCUCCUUUUCAGUCACAACACCAACACUAGACUGCAGAACUCACCAUUACUUCAAAUUAAUAUCUUUCAUAUUGCGGAGGCAGCCUCAGGCUGUGCCGCCACAAGUACGACAACCCAUGAAGGCAUGGCCUCGACGUUUCCAAUGCUGCUGCCACUGGUAACACCAGCCAAGUGAACAGUGAUGCCUUCAAAGGUCUCCUGCUUGUACGUGCUGACAGUCGUUUGCUGGGCCAGUGCUCUGUGGUACCUGAGUGUGUCACGCCCUUCCACGUCCUAUGUGGGUCAGAUUAAUAUCCCCAUUCGUAAGACAGCCAAGCUGCACAAGAAUGCCACCUUCAGCAACAUCCGUACACGCUCCCUCAACCCGCAUGAUUUUGGCUAUCUCAUCAAUGAGGCUAAGAAGUGCGAGGCAGAACCCCCCUUCCUGGUUAUCCUGAUCAGCACCACCCACAAGGAAUUUGAUGCCCGCCAGUCAAUCCGAGAAACAUGGGGUGAUGAAAGCACGUUUCCAGAUGUGCACGUGGUCACACUCUUCUUGUUGGGCCGCAGCACAGAUGCAGUCCUCAACCAAAUGUUGGAGCAAGAGAGUCAGAUAUUCCAUGACAUUGUCGUGGAAGACUUCAUUGACUCUUACCAUAACCUGACGCUUAAGACGCUGAUGGGAAUGCGAUGGGUGGCCACUUUUUGUACAAAGGCCCAAUAUGUCCUCAAGACGGACAGUGACAUCUUUGUCAACAUGGAGAACCUUAUCUUUAAUCUACUAAAGCCCACCACCAAGCCUCGGAGGAGAUACUUCACUGGCUAUGUCAUUAACGGUGGGCCAAUCAGAGACAUGCGCAGCAAGUGGUACAUGCCCAGAGAUCUGUAUCCAGAAAGCAAGUACCCACCAUUCUGCUCUGGUACCGGGUACGUCUUCUCGGCAGAUGUCGCCGAGUUGAUCUACAAAACCUCUUUACACACUCGGCUGCUGCACCUGGAAGAUGUAUACGUGGGCGUGUGUCUCCGUAAACUGGGCAUCCACCCGUUCCAGAACAGUGGCUUCAACCAUUGGAAGAUGGCUUAUAGCCUUUGUCGCUAUCGCCGAGUCGUUACUGUCCACCAGAUCUCCCCAGAGGAGAUGCACCGCAUCUGGAACGACAUGACCAGCAAGAAACACCUGAAAUGUUAGCAGAGCAGAGAAGUUGUUGAGGUCUUCUUUUCAGAUGGUUUUCUUUUGUUGGCUAAGCAAUAUAUUGUAAGACUGAGUUGAUGGAACAAUUUUGACAAACCAACCAGGGAUUUGCUUCUGUGCAGAUUGCUUUGCCAACGUCAAUCAACCAAAGCGACCUCCUCAGUGUUACUUUUAUUUACAUUUGAAGGUGUCUGCAAACCCAGCAAACAUAAAUUAGGUGCAAAGUUGAGAUUCCAAAAACUAAGUUGUUCCACUUGCCAAUUAUCACCAGGGGCACUGGGAUGACUUUUCUUGAAAGUUACACAAGUGCAACCAAAUAAGUUUCUGCUGAACAUUUAUUUUCGACAAAACAUUCACUGUUCUGACUAAACUGCAAAGGUGACUGACCCUUAUCUUAAGUCAUUAGCAUUUUGGGUUUUUUCAGAGUUGGAAUUCUGAAUGUUCAUCAUGCCCUUUCAGUUCUUGUGCUUUCUUGGUCAAGUAUGGCUAUUGGUUUAUCUGCCAGUGUGGUAGUUGUUGCUAUGGUAAAGACCAGUGGUGGGCACAGUAAAAACUCAAAUUUAGCUUCGAUAAUUGUAUCCACUGCUGAAAAGUUCACUGUGAUAAAGCCAAUAAACCGCUACAUCGUUUAGCUGAAACUUCCAUUAACCAUUAACAUUAAUUGAAUGAAGUUAGGGUUAACAGCCAAGCCAGCUGAAGUGGUUUGGGCAUCUGAUGAGGACACCCUCUGGUCAUCUCCCUAGGGAGGUCUUCCAGGCAUGUCCAAUUGGGAGGAGUCCCUGGGGAAGACAAAGAACACAUUGGAGGGAUUAUAUUUCCCAGCUGGUUUGGGAAGGCCUGGGGAUCCCCUGGGGAAGAGUUACAGAACUUGGCUGAGGAAUGGGAAGCGUGGGAUGAGCAGCUUGGUCUGCUGCCAUGGCGACUUGCAACCCAGAUAAGCAGCAGAAAAUAAUUGAAUGAAUAUAUGAAGUUGGUGUUGUCUUUCAUUUUUUGGCUCUAAAACCCUGAGAAACAGACUUACACAAACAUUAGCAUACUGAGGACAAAACAUGGAGGUUCCCAAAAAGGUUCAACAUGCCAAGAUUAGAUGAUGAUUAAAAUGUACACAAAU